AUGGCUAUUGAACCCAUAAGCUCCGUUUCAGGCGAUGUUGAGCAAUACUCCAUUGACAACAUUGAACUUUUUCUAGGACAGAUCAGCGAUGAAGUGUUCUUCCGACAUCUGCCACCUGGUUAUAUCUUUAACCCCACCGACCAGGAGCUCAUUCUUGAAUACCUUUACAAGAAGGUCAAUAAUCUGCGCCUACCUCGUAACAAGAUCAAUGAUGUCAACCUUUACGAAUACAAUCCUGAAACACUUUGUCAGGCGAAGUUUAAGGAUUCUUGCGUAAAUAAAGAAUGGUACUUCUUCACUCCAAGAAACCGCAAGUACAGGAAUGGGCAGCGACCGAACCGGGCAGCGGGGAACGGAUACUGGAAAGCUACUGGCGCCGAUAAGGAUAUAUUAGAGUCUGAGACAAAUAAUAAAGUUGGGUGUAGAAAGGCUUUGGUUUUCUAUGAGAGCAAGCCACCCAAUGGCGAUAAAACCCCUUGGAUAAUGCAUGAGUAUAGAGUGGAGAAUGGUCCACAAUGUGAUAGGAGUCUGGAUGAAAUGAGAUUGGACGACUGGGUGCUGUGUAGGAUUUACAAUAAGAAUGAUAAGUUGAACAGCAAGAAUAAUAAUCCCAGCAGCAAGGGGAAACAGAAGCUCGAGGAGGACGAGGAUAAGGAUAAGGAUGUUGUUGAAAAUGAUGAUGAUGUCCCGGAGAAUGUGUGCGGCGGCGGCUCUAACACUAGCCAUCAAAACCACCUUGAAAUGGCGGCCUUAUCAUCAUCUUAUCAUCAUCACAUAGCUCCUCCAGAUGCUAUUGCUACUGCACCUCCAUACCAUUCUCCUUCACAUAUAAUGUGGAACCAACUGCUUCCACCUCCUCAGACGACCAAUAUUAUCCAUCAUAAUCAGAAGCAGCAGCAGGAGGAUAAUAAUGUGUUUCAUCAUCAUAAUAAUAAUUUUAUAGAGAAUUAUUGCCAUAUUGAAAACACUACUAGCUACUACUUUUCAAGCUGCACAAGUACCUCAGCUCAACCCAGCAUCAAUGCAGCAAAUAAUCUUCAUUGUCUUCCUUAUCAUCAUCAGUACCACAACUGGCAAGCUCAAGCACUACACCCCAGCUUCAAUGGAAAUCAUCAUUCUUAUUAUCAGCACCACAACUCGGAAUUAAUGGAAGCACUACCACACCCCACCAUCAAUGGAAAUAAUACUAAUAAUCAUCACCACCACAACUACUCGCAAGCGCCACAACCCACCACCACACAGGCUCAGGCUCAGACUGCUGCUCAUUAUGAUGAUGAAGAAGAAGAAUACGAUACUAAUCAGUUCCUAGCUUAG